AUGUUUCUAAAGCAGAUCGACCUGACGACGGCGCUGCGGCCGUCGUACCUUCCCGAUGAAGACCUGCUCUUCGUCCAGGACAACGUUGGCCUGUACGAGGGCAAGUACAAGCUGCCCAACCACCAGAUCGGCCAGGUCUACCUGACAUCACACCGUGUUUGCUACGUCGACAAGGCCGACCCGAGGAAGAACUCGCUCGCCAUUGAUCUCAAGGACGUCGAGCGCUACGACUAUUCCGCCGGCUUCAUCAAGACUUCAGCCAAGAUCUCGCUGGUCCCCAAAGCGACAAAGCGCUCGUCUCUCCAACCCUGGGCGCCGGGGCUCGCCUCGAACCACUCGCGCAGCGCCACCUCGUCGCCGGUCCAGCGGACUGCUGACGGCGCCCACCGCUCGCCGCCCGUCAACCAGCCCUCGGCGGGAACGGCGACGUGGGUUUGCACCAUCUGCAGCUUCUCCAACCCCGUGCCCUCCAACUUCGACCCCUCGACGGCCAGUGCCCACACGCCGCUCCCGCCCUGCCUGGCCUGCGGCAUCAAGCCAACCCUCACGCACGUGCUGAAGGCUGCCAUCUCGAAUGCCACGAGCAGGUCGCCUGGGGGCCCGGCCCUGCUCACCCCUCUGCCCGUGCGGCCCAGGCCUGUGUCGGGGAUAGCAGGGCAGCAGCAGAGCCACGGGCCGCCGACGUCUCCCCGGACCCCGGACGCACCGCAGCAGACGCCCGACCCGGACGCGUCUUUCCAGUGCCCCCGGUGCACGUUCCUCAACCACCCGUCCCUGAUGUCGUGCGAGAUCUGCGGGGCGCCCCUGAUCUCGCACGACCUGCCCGCCGACCUCGCGCACCAGCCCCGGAGCGAGACCGAGUCGCCCGGCCCCUUUCUGCAGUCGUCGCCGAGCGCCGUGCCGCAGGGCCUGGACAACUUUGAGACCGUCAAGCUGUCGUUCCGCGGCGGCGGCGACAAGAUCUUCUACGAGAGGCUCAAGAGGAGCAUGACGCAGCGCAAGUGGCUGCUGCAGGGCGCGCCACCGAUCCCCCGGUCGGCGCGGCCCGGGGACGCAGCGUCGAGCGGGCUGGGGAUCGUGGGCGGCAGCGGCGGCGACUCGUCUGGGGGGGCGGCGUCGGAGCAGCGGGUCAAGAUCGCCGGGAUCGCGGGCCUCGAGCACCGGGGCCAGGCGAUGCGCAAGAACAACGAGCUAGUGAUUGGCAGCGCAUUUGAGGACCUCGAGGCGCUCAUGGCGUCGGCCAAGCAGAUCGUGGAGCUAGCGGAGAAGUUUGCGCGGCAGGUCAAGAGCGGCGGGAACGGCGGCGAGGGCGUCGAGAACGCGCUGCUGCUCGCCGAGUCGGCUAGCCAGCUCGGGCUCAUCACCACCAAGGACAUUGUCGGCACCAGCGGCAGCGGCGGCGGCGACUCGCUGUACCUGUCGGAGCUGGCGCGCAACCUGGCCGAGUUCCUGACCGACGACGGCCGCGGCGUGCUACGCCGCGCUGGCGGCAUCAUGUCGCUGGUCGACCUGUGGGCAGUCUUCAACCGCGCCCGCGGCGGCGUCGAGCUCGUCAGUCCUGCCGACUUCGAGAAGGCGGCCAACCUGUGGGAGAAACUCGAGCUGCCCGUGCGCCUGCGCACCUUCAGGUCGGGCGUCAAGGUGGUGCAGGCCCGCGACCGCACCGACGACACCACCAUCCGCGCCCUGCUGGCCUGGCUGCGCGACCUGCACGAGUUCCCCCCCGACCGCCACGUGCCCUGGGACUGGCGCGUCUUUGGCCGCGGCGUCACGGCCCGCGACGCCGCCGAGCGCUUCGGCUGGAGCAUCGGCGUCGCCGAGGAGGAGCUCGAGAUGGCCGAGGACCGCGGCGUCCUCUGCCGCGAGGACGGCAUCGAGGGCCUCCGCUUCUGGGAGAACUACAUCGACACGGGCGAGGGCAAGGCCUGGCGCGACCCCGCCAAGGAGGAGCGCGACAAGAUUAUGCGCGCCCUGAAGGAGUCGGGCUUUCUGUAG